AUAGCAACGGCUCAUGAGAAACAUUGUAUAGCCCAGGCCAGUUUUGACGUGCUCAGUGUUGGAUGACAGCCGCGUUCAUGCGGAGGAUGUGGACAAUCGCAACUCUUGCAACAAAUUGCCGUUGUGUCUCGUUGUUGUCUCGACCGUCCGGGAGCCGAUUGUUGUCAGAACUAAGCAAAUCCAGCGAGCAGCUAAAACAAGUAGCUACCCUGCGUGUGGAGAGCCAUGGCAGUUAUUUGUAAAUGCAGGAAUAUCUUUUAUUGCACAUAGUCGCUCGGGUUGGGGCAGCAAGGUUUGUCAAGCAAGGGGCGGCAAUGGUGCGCGUCCCUUAUUUUUUUCUAUUAUUCUUUUUCUUUUAUUUCUUUUUUGUUUUUUUUAAUCGCCGUGCCCUGGUGUGACUGGCGCGUCUCCCGGCUGCAUCAGCGCCUGUUGCUCCCCAUGCGCGGCCAAUGACAGGAUAUUAAUUUUUUUUCCCUGUGAUGUGUUGUCUCCGCCCCCCUCCCUCCACGAUCACUCCAAAGUCUCCUCUGUCCACUGCUGUCAUCCAUUUGAGCAAAAGGCAUCUGGUGAGAGAAUGAAUGCUGAUGACUGCAAUGGACGCUCAUACACACAAGGUAAUGGAGGAGAAUCAUCAACAGAACAGGAUUUUUAUGGCGGGCUGCAGGGCCCUUCUGCGAGAUCUCCAAACAGUCAGCAGUCCUCACCACACCGCUCCCUUAGUGCAAACUCCAUCAAGGUUGAGUUGUGCAGUGAUGGCGCUCCACAGCCAGAGAAGAAAGAGGCUGUGAGGAUCGACGGCGGGAAUAAUGACCAGGGAGACCCCAUGGAAGAAGCCAGUGCAGAGUUCGCUGGGGCUGGAAGAGACCUAGCAAGCAUAUACAGUGAGAUGGCCAGUCCAAAUUCGGCUUCACCAGGACCUAUCAGGUUGCCCAAUGGGAAGCUCCAGUGUGAGGUGUGCGGGAUGAUCUGCAUUGGACCUAACGUGCUGAUGGUGCACAAGCGUAGCCACACAGGGGAGCGACCAUUCCAGUGUAACCAGUGUGGAGCUUCCUUCACCCAGAAGGGAAACCUGUUGCGCCACAUUAAAUUGCAUUCAGGAGAGAAGCCUUUCAAAUGUCCCGUUUGCAAUUACGCUUGCCGUCGGAGAGAUGCACUGGCUGGACAUCUGCGCACACAUGCAGUUCCUUCUCCGACGGUGGGAAAACCUUUCAAGUGCAGCUACUGUAGCCGCAGCUACAAGCAACAAAGCACACUGGAGGAACAUCUGGAGCGCUGCCAUACUUAUCAAAAGAGUCUGGACCAAAAGGCGGUUGUCAACACACAGACAGCAAAGGGUGAAGAGUCAGUAAAUAUGGGGACAGCUAUUAAACCUGAACUCCAGCCAACCAAUGACAAAAUCCAGUUUGUGGAUCGACUGGCUAUAAGCAUCACGAAACGUAAGAGGUCAACGCCACAGAAGUUUUUGGGCGAAAAGCACAUGCACCUUGACCCACUCGAAGCACCUUACGAAUUGUCGUCUGGCUCUGAAAAAGAGGGAGACCUCAUGACUUCACAGUCUGUUGGCAACUCAACUGUGCUGGCCGGUUCACAGCUACACUGUGCCAGGGUUAAAGGUUGUGGAAGGCCAGAAGAUGAUGAAGUGAUGGAGAUGUUAGGAGGCCACGGCCAUUGUGAUGCUGGGUGGCUGUUACUCCGGAGCUGCCAUCUGGCGAAAAGGGUGCUGUGUAAUGAUAUCCUCAGCCUGAAGGUGGCAGGAGAUCCAGUGCUAACCCCUAACUCUGUGUGCCUCAGGCUGGCAGGCCUCAGUAAACGUCAGAUGCGGAUGUGUGUGAGGAACCCUGAUGUGACAGCAUCUGCUCUGCAGGGGAUCCAAGUGGCCAUCCAUGAAUGCCAGCACCAACUCCGGGACCAGCGCUGGAACUGCUCUUCGCUGGAGGGCUUUGGCAAGCUGCCGCACCACAACUCCAUCCUCAACAGGGGUUUUCGGGAGAGUGCCUUCUCUCUGGCCUUGCUGGCGGCGGGCGUGGCUCACUCUGUGGCCUCGGCUUGCAGCAUGGGCAAGUUGCGGGGGUGUGGCUGCGAGGCCAAGCGUCGCCAGGACGAUGACAAGAUCCGGCUGAAACUCACACAGCUGCAGCUGCAGACGCUUCAGAAGGGUGGGGCAGGCAUCGACUUAACACGGUCAUUACCCUCAGAGCUGAAUGGUCAUCGUGGCAGCCUGCCCACUAACCUGCGCUCAGCCCACCCCUCAGCCCUUCUCAAGCCCUUACCGGAUGAGCUAAGCUCUAUGCAAGACACCUGGGAGUGGGGGGGGUGCAGUCAUGACAUCCGUUUCGGGGAUCGCUUUUCCAGGGACUGGCUCGACUCCCGGGGGUCUCCAAGAGAUAUCCACGCCCGCAUGAGGAUACAUAACAACCGUGUGGGACGACAGAUAGUGACUGACAACAUGACAAGGAAAUGCAAAUGUCACGGCACAUCUGGGAGCUGUCAGUUUAAGACCUGCUGGCAUGUAUCUCCAGAGUUCCGUCUUGUGGGCUCCAUACUCAAAGAAAAGUUCCUGACAGCCAUUUUUGUCAACUCUCAGAACAAGAAUAAUGGGGUUUUCAACCCUCGGACAGAAAACGGCGCCAGCGGAACCCAAGGGGGUCUCGGCGGAGGGCGUCGUCGAAUCAUGUCCAGAGAGCUGGUGUACUUUGAGAAGUCUCCUGACUUUUGUGAGCACGACGUGUCCAUAGACUCUCCGGGAACACACGGACGCAUCUGCAACAAAACUAGCUACAGCACAGACAGCUGCAGCUCGCUGUGCUGCGGCCGUGGACACAACAUCCUGAAACAGACACGCAGCGAGCGCUGCAAUUGCAGAUUUCACUGGUGUUGUUACGUGCUGUGCGAGGAGUGUCGUCACACAGAGUGGGUCAACGUGUGCAAGUAGACGUCAGUCUGUUCCCUCCUCAGUUCGAGCGGCUUUUACUCAUCCAGGACUCAAGAUGGCGAGCCUGUCCCUUCGCCCACUCAUGUUGUUCGAGCUUUUGUUUUUGCUCCUUGUGCAACUCUCCCAGAGAUCCUGUUUACCCCCCACCCACCCUCUUUUUUUAAGUCCAUCAUCUGGGAUCUAUUUUCUUUUUGUAGACGCUGUUAUUCUCAAAAUGCCAAGUCAGAGAUUGAAGAGGUGACUCAUGUCAUUUGUCUUCCCAUGGCCUGUUUAGACGCUGGCCUUUCAGCCAUGAAAAUGGCCCAUACUUCAUCGUUUGAGACCCACAAAGAAAAAGAAAGAAAGAAAACGCAACAGCAGAGGAGCUUCAGCGUCUACAAGCUGACUCAUCUUAUUGUACAGUAACAGUUUAUUUGAAUGUGUAUGUCUAUAAUUGUAAAUGUAUUAUUAUUAAUAUUAAUAUUGUACUAGAGCCUGUCUUUUUUCAGUGAAUGACAGAUUGAUGGUGGCCAUGUGGUCAGCACGGUGAAGCAGUGUGCAGACAGAACAGUCUCAUUUUCUUUCUCCAUUUGCACCAAAAUAAUACUCGUGUGUGACUCUGAAAAGUACUAAUUUGGGAACUUGUCUCACAAUCUUUCUUUACUGAUCAAAGAAGACAAAUCUUUUUUGGAAGGGCGAAUGAAUUUGACACAGCGCUUUCUCACAUGCAGGACUUUCAGAUGCUCGUCCAAGCUUGUACACUUGUAAAACUCAAGAUGGGAAACUGGAAGCAACAAAUCUCUAG